ACAGGCCUCCUCACAAAACUGUCAUAACCGUCACACACACGACGUACACUUGGGACUUCGCCAUAGCCAGCAAGCAAGGUACCUUCGUUCGACUUCAUCUCCGAUCCACCAUGUGCGACGACUGCGAGUACUGCUGCUCCUGCUGCACCCCGUACCAGCGCUUCGCGUGCGGCUUCUGCAUCGGCCUCGUCGUCAUCGCCUUGGUCGCCGUCAUCGUCGUGCUCAUCCUCGGCUACGGCCACGCGGCGCAGCCCAGGUUCGAGGUCGACGACGCCUCGCUCGCGCGCUUCACCGUCGCCACCUCGCCGUCCGGGGGCAGUGCCACCGCCAUCUCCUACAACCUGACGCUCACGCUGGGCGUGCGCAACCCCAACUGGGCCAUGGGCGCCACCUUCCGGUCCCUCGAGGCCGACUACCUCUUCGAGGACCAGCGCUUCGACCGCGUCGACGUCGUCUCCGCGCCCCCCUACGUCCUGUCCGCCAGGAAGACCGCCGUGUUCCGCCUCUCCAGCGGCGCCGACGCCGUCAGCGUCGUGCUCGGGAGCGCCGGCGUCAGGGCGUACAGGAGGCAGAGCGCCAAGGGGGUGUUCGACGUCGAGGCGAAGCUCUCCGGCGAGGUCAAGUACCAACUGCACACCACGUGGUGCAGGCUGGAGGCCAAGUGCCCACUCAGUCUGCAGCUCGGGUCGCCGGACGGUGGCGCCGCCGUCGUCUUCCAGAAGACAACCUGCGAGGUGCUCCGAUCAUCGCAGAAGGGAUGCUAAGCUGUUCGCCGCUAGCCGUCGCUGUGAUUUUUUUUUGUUUAGUUGCUCUUGCUUUGUUUAUUUUUUCCCUUUCUUCGUGAAAGUUUGGAGUGAUCAUCAUGCGUAAGCGUAAUGCGAUGUUUGGGGUUGUGCUUGGCUUGUUUGAGACCCGGAAAUCAAAUUAAAUUUCAAACGAAUUUCACCAUAUGCAUACAAGUACUGUAUUCUAUGGCCAUAUAUAUGAAAAUUAUUUUUUACUUA